GUAGCUCGUAGUACACCAUUCAGUUUUAUUUGAGAGGAAGCCCAGCUAGGCGGUCGUGGACGAAUAUAGUCCGAAUAUAGUGACGAUUUUUUUUAAGAAAAAAUAUUGACCAUUUUUUUUAAAUUUAAAAUAUUUAAAAAGUUUUUAGAGAAUACAAACUUUUCAGUUAAAAUAAAUUAGUUCAGAAAAUGACGACUCUACAGAAUGGACACUCGAAGAAGCCAUUGAACGUCGCCAUCGUUGGAGGUGGAUUGGUAGGUUCGUUAGAAGCCUUGUAUCUAGCCAAAAGGGGACACCAUGUCACAGUCUACGAGUAUCGUGAAGAUAUAAGAAAAACUCCUCAAAUAAGAGGCAGAUCGAUCAAUCUGGCUCUCUCUAUCCGAGGCAGGAGGGCUCUGAAGGAUGUAGGCCUUGAAGAACACAUGAUCAAGGAACAUGGGAUACCCAUGGCGGCUAGGAUGAUCCACCGGCUUGAUGGCUCUACCUACAGCAUACCUUACGAUGCUAGGACCAAUCAGUGCAUCUACUCAGUGGGACGUAACUAUCUGAACAGUUUACUACUAAAAGAAUCAGAGAAUUAUCAAAACGUCGAAAGGAACUUCAAUCAUAAACUAAUCGAAGCAAACCUUAAAAAGGGUUCUCUGACUUUGCUCAAUACUUCAACUAAAGAAGAGGUUAGCAUAAACGCAGACUUAGUCAUCGGAGCUGAUGGUGCCUUCUCAGCAGUCCGCAAAGCGAUGAUGAAGCAGCCACUCUUCGAUUACAGUCAGAAAUAUAUAGAGCACGGAUAUUUGGAGCUUUGCAUACCAGCUGACGAAAAUGGUGGCUUUCAGAUGGCAGCCAAUUAUUUGCACAUUUGGCCGAGGGGCACGUUUAUGAUGAUCGCCCUGCCCAACCAAGACUGCUCGUGGACCGUGACGUUGUUCAUGCCCUUCGAAAAAUUUAAGGAUUUGGAUACAGAAGAAAAAUUGUUAGCUUUCUUCGAGAAAUACUUCCCUGAUUCGAUACCAUUGAUCGGUAGAAAAAGGUUGAUUGAAGAUUUCUUUGGUGGAUCACCGUCGCCUUUGGUUGCAAUCAAGUGCCGUCCAUACAAUGUCGAUGAUAAAGCGCUCAUCAUUGGAGACGCCGCUCACGCAGUCGUGCCUUUCUAUGGUCAAGGCAUGAAUGCCGGUUUUGAGGACUGCACUAUCCUAGAUCAGCUCUUCCAGAAGUAUAACGAUAAUUUGGCUGAUAUCUUGAGCGAGUUUUCAGUUACAAGAUGGCCGGAUACUUAUGCAAUCAGCGACUUAGCUAUGUAUAAUUACAUAGAGAUGCGAGACCUAGUCACAAGGCCUUCGUAUCGUCUCCGAAAGGCAUUUGAUGACCUGAUGUUUUGGAUGUUCCCAAAUCUCUGGGUACCCCUCUACAAUUCAGUAACCUUUUCCACGAUGCCUUACAGCCAGUGCGUUGAAAACCGUCGGUGGCAGAAUAAGAUUCUUUUCUCUCUAAUCGUGUUAAUGGUAUUUAUUAUGAUUUUCUAUGCAUUCAAGUAAGGAACGUAGGUACACUACUAUUUUAAAUUAUAGUAUUAUUCGUUUUGUCGUCUUCGUCUUUUACUAAAUAUUGCAUUGUAUUUUAAAUUUCUUAUAAGGGGCAGUGAUCUGAUUGAUUGUGAUUUAACACUUAUCUAAGUAC